UCGUACCGCAUAGGAGAUUAGUGAUGAGUUUAAUCGAGCCUAGGCCUUCGUUCAGGCGGGAAAUGGGAAACCCAAGAACUUGACGAAAUUCCAAUUUUUCAAUUGCGCGGCACACCAAGCACUUCCAAUUUUCGUUUCGCCGCACACCAAAAUCAAACACAGAGAUAGGAGUAUUCACCACCGAAAAUUCGAAAUCUCCAGUUUCUGCAAUUCUGGGUAUUUGAUUCUUCUGGCAAUGCUUAGUACAUGUUUGUGGCUUUGAGGACCAAGACCAGUUGCAGCUUCUGUUGAUCUUUUUGUGACCAAUCUAAUGCUAUGGAUGCGAAUGUCGGGUUGAUUAACUCGAUAAAUGUCACGCUUUCUGACGUGGGUUUUGAAAGGUCUUGAAUUAUGGGAGGCACGGAAGCCGUAGUGGGUCUUUCUUUAAAUGAUGUAGUUGAUCACAUGCUAAAAACUUGUUCUACAGGAAGCAAAGGUGAAUAAACGAAUGGCAAAGAUUGCCAAGCCUUCGCGCAAAAGAUCUCUUCCUUCCCUUCAACCAUUUGGCAACAUGAAACAGUCUAGUAUACUAGACCAUCUUCAACCCAUGGGUAAAUCACAAAAGAGGCAAACUGGGGAUUGUCCUGUGGCAACAACAUCUAGAGCGCAGUUACAGAUACAUUCUGAGGGACAUGCAGAAGAAAAUAAGCCUCAUAUUGAAGAGACUUCUGAAAAAAUUUCUACGCUUGAAUCAUCUGAGCCAUCAUACAAUGUGAACUCAGUCCAGAGAACAGAAGAGCACAUAGAUAUUGGACCAGACUGGGACCAGAAAGCCGACAGACUGCUGCAAAAACAUUUUGGGUACUCUGGGUUGAAGAGCUUUCAAAAGGAAGCUCUUGGUGCUUGGGUUGCUCAUCAAGAUUGUCUUGUUCUUGCAGCAACAGGAUCUGGGAAAUCUCUGUGCUUCCAAAUACCUGCGCUUUUGACAGGGAAGGUUGUGGUUGUAAUUUCUCCAUUGAUUAGCUUGAUGCAUGACCAGUGCUUAAAGCUAGCCAAACAUGGCAUCUCUGCAUGCUUCCUCGGAUCUGGACAACCAGAUAACAGUGUUGAGAAGAAGGCAAUGAAUGGCAUGUACUCCAUCGUAUAUGUUUGCCCUGAGACACUGUUAAGACUUAUAAAGCCACUGCAGAGGCUUGCUGAGAAUUGUGGAAUAGCUUUAUUUGCCAUCGACGAAGUACACUGUGUUUCUAAAUGGGGACAUGAUUUUAGACCAGACUACAGGCGAUUGUCUGUGUUGCGCGAAAGUUUUAGUUCCAAGAGUUUGGAAUUUUUGAGAGUUGACAUCCCAAUUAUGGCAUUGACUGCCACUGCCACUAUUCAUGUCAGAGAAGACAUUCUUAAGUCACUUAGGUUGUCGAAGGAAGCAAAAGUUGUGCUCACGUCAUUCUUCCGUCCAAAUCUUCAAUUUUCAGUAAUGCAUAGUAGAACUUCAUCCCCAUCUUCUUAUGUUAAGGAUUUCCAAGAAUUGGUGAAAGUAUACACUAGCAAGAGAACACUGAAAGGAAGCAGUCACUGUACUAGUAAUGUUACGGAAGAUUUUGAGAAUGGACUAGAACAUUCCAGUAACACGAGUACUGAUAGCAGUGAUGAUGAACUAGAUGACCAGGAUAAGGAGUUAAGCUCGCUCAAACAACAUGGUUUCAGUGCUUCGAAAGAGAGACAACUAUCAGUUGAAUUUCUAGAAGAUGAUUUUGAUGAGAUCCAAACUGCAGAUGACUUUGAUGUUUCUUGUGGGGAGUUUUGUGGGAAGUCAUUGGUUGAUGAUGUUAGCGAGUCUACCAAGUCGCCACAUCCUUCUCCACACCCAGCAGAAAGACUACAACCUAAUGAUCGUUCUUUGGAACAAGGACCCACCAUCAUCUAUGUUCCUACCAGAAAACAAACAGUAGCAAUAGCAAAAUAUCUUUGCACAAAGGGUGUGAAGGCUGCACCUUAUAAUGCUCAGUUGCCAAAGUCGCAUCUUAGACAGGUCCACAAGGAAUUUCAUGAGAAUGUUUUAGAUGUUGUUGUUGCAACUAUUGCUUUUGGAAUGGGAAUUGACAAACUAAAUGUACGGAGAAUUAUCCAUUAUGGCUGGCCUCAGAGCCUGGAAGCCUAUUAUCAAGAAGCAGGGCGUGCAGGCCGAGAUGGAAAAUUAGCAGAGUGCAUUUUGUAUGCAAACCUAUUAAGAACGCCAACCCUUCUACCGAAUAAAAGAAGCGAAGAACAAAAAAAGAUUGCAUACAAGAUGUUAACUGAUUGCUUCAGAUAUGGUAUGAAUACUUCUAUUUGCCGAGCUAAAGUACUGGUUGAAUACUUUGGGGAGGUUUUCCAGCAAGAGAAGUGCAUAUCAUGUGACGUCUGCAGAAAUGGACCUCCUGAACCACAGAAUUUGAAAGCAGAGGCUAAUAUAUUCUUGCAAGUGAUUGCUGCUCACUACAAACAGCAAAACUUCGCAGACUAUUCAUACGAUGAUUUCUUGAACAGCGAUAUGGUACGAAGCAAAUCAUCUGAUAAGCUAAAUUUGAGGAUUGUUGUGACAAAGAUAAGGGAGCAAUCUCAGCAAUUUAUUGCUAGUGAUAAACUAUGGUGGCAGGGCCUAGCUCGUCUAAUGCAAGAUAAAGGUUUGAUCAGGGAAGGAGGUAACAUGACUGGUGUUCAGAUCAAAUGCUUUGAACUAACUAAUCAGGGACUUGGAUUUCUUGAAUCUGGUAUAGAGCAAGACUUUUAUGCUUAUCCCGAGGCUGAUAUGCUGUUAUCAGCCACCCUGGUAGAGAAACCUUAUUCUUCUUUCGCGGAGUGGGGCAAGGGAUGGGCGGAUCCUGAGAUCCGUCAACAGCGUCUAGCAAGGAGGAGAGCAAAUUGGAAACCGCGAAAAUCUCGUAACAGAAAGUCUAGAAAGCAGCCGACUUCAAUGACAGUUAAAGAGAGAAUAAGUGCUAGACUAUCAAAGCGAAAAAGAUGAAUACUUCGCAAACUGUACUUCCUUUAGAUGUUUGAUUUUUUGAUACACAGCUCGACUUAUUUAAGUCUGAUGUAAACCAUGUGUUAAUGUGUAAUUGUUCCCAUGUAUUGUAGCGCGCUGGUAAUACAAGCCUCUGCAGCGCUACUUAGUAACACAAUGAUUGAUCCUGAACUAUUCCCUGUAUAAUGGCUUUCAAGUAUUAUAGUAAGCUAGACAGCUAGUAAUACAAGUUUUGAUGUGAGUCUGAUAUUUGUAUAUGGGAAAGAAUUGAGGAUAAUUUCGUUGUGUUUGUUCUCUUCAUACAAAUUUGUCGAACUUAUUUAUAAUUCUGUAUAAUUUCAUUUUUACUUGAUUCUUUUAAACUGCA